CUUUCAUUUUUACUAUUGAAACGCACCGUUUAGCUGGCCCCAAUGUCCUAAACCCUCAAAAUCUGAACGCGGUGCUAAUCGGCGAGGAAGGCUAGGAGUAGAGUGGAGUGGGCUGACGCUGAAACCUGAGAGGGCUUGAGUUCGUCUUUCCAUUAGAGGUAUCAUGGAAGCCGAAGAGGAAAACCCUUCAUCAAGUCCCAUGGAAUCAUCUGACCCAAUUCCUGAUGCUGAACCAACGGCAUCCACUGUCAGUGUCAAUACUACACUUCAACCAAUGCUACCUAUUACUCCACCACUAGUCUCACCUCCAGUCGCUCCUUCUAUUGCACCACUUCCUGCAGUUCCUUCCCCUGCUAUCCGCCCAUUGGCACCUCUUCCCCCUCCUGUCAUUAAGCCUCCAGUCCCACAAAAUGGUGAGGUGGGAACUAGUGACUCAGAUUCUGACGCUGAUGAUUUAGGACCUGCCCGUGCUACUGCUUCAAGUGUGGAGUAUGAGAUAUCUGAGGAAAGCAAACAAGUGAGGGAGCGUCAAGAAAAAGCAAUGCAAGAACUACUGAUGAAGCGCCGUGCUGCUGCUCUUGCAGUUCCUACUAAUGACAUGGCUGUCCGGGCUCGUCUUCGUCGGCUUGGCGAACCCAUAACACUUUUUGGAGAAAGGGAGAUGGAAAGAAGAGACAGGUUGCGAAUGAUUAUGGUAAGGUUAGAUACUGAAGGGCAGUUGGAGAAGCUGAUGAAAGCUAAUGAGGAGGAGGAGGCCGCAGCUUCUGUUGCAGCAGAGGAAGCUGACGAAGAGAUGCUUCAGUACCCUUUUUUUACUGAAGGGCCGAAAGCCCUUCUGGAUGCUAGAAUUGAUAUUGCUAAGUACUCACUUGUGAGGGGAGCAUUGCGGCUUCAACGUGCACAAAGGAGAAGGGAUGACCCAGAUGAAGAUAUGGAUGCAGAGAUGGACUGGGCUCUGAGGCAGGCAGAGACUUUGGCCCUCGAUUGCAGUGAAAUUGGGGAUGACCGGCCACUUUCUGGUUGCUCCUUCUCACCAGAUGGAACUCUGCUUGCUACUUGUGCUUUAAGUGGAGUUGCUAAGUUGUGGAGCAUGCCUCAAAUACAGAAGGUUUCCACCUUAAAAGGACAUAAAGAACGGCUUACUGAUAUCUCAUUUUCUCCUGUUAACAACCUUUUAGCAACUGCCUCUGCUGACCGGACUGCAAAGUUGUGGAACACUGAAGGGUCUCUCUUAAAAACCUUUGAAGGCCAUCUUGAUCGUCUUGCACGUAUUGCUUUCCAUCCAUCAGGAAAGUACUUGGGUACAGCUAGCUUUGACAAGACAUGGAGACUGUGGGAUGUUGAUACUGGUGCGGAAUUGCUUCUUCAAGAAGGUCACAGCAGGAGUGUCUAUGGGAUAGCAUUCCACAAUGAUGGAUCAUUAGCAGCAUCUUGUGGACUGGAUUCUCUUGCUCGUGUUUGGGACCUCCGAACUGGCAGAAGCAUUCUCGCAUUGGAGGGCCAUGUCAAGCCAAUUCUUGGAUUAAGCUUUUCAGCAAAUGGUUACUAUUUAGCCUCUGGGGGAGAAGACAACACAUGUCGGAUAUGGGAUUUAAGAAAGAAGAAAUCAGUGUACACCAUUCCAGCACACUCCAAUCUCAUUUCUCAGGUCAAAUUUGAGCCCCAAGAGGGAUAUUUCUUGGUAACUGCUUCAUAUGAUAUGACGGCAAAGAUUUGGUCAGCUCGUGAUUUUAAACCUGUUAAGACACUCUCUGGACAUGAAGCAAAAGUGACUUCUUUGGAUGUUGCUGGAGAUGGGCAUUGCGUAACUACUGUAUCGCAUGAUAGGACUAUCAAAUUAUGGGUCACCAACAGUGACGAGGAGAAGCAAGCGAUGGACAUAGAAUAGGAGCUCUUAAAGUCUGCAAGGUCUGCAUUGACAUUUCCAAAAAAUUUUGUAAUGUAUGUAUCAAUUUGUACAGCGAGAGAAUAAGAAAUUCUAAGGGUUGUCCCUUCAGGUACAACAUAAUUUGCAGGUUGGAUCCAUGGUAAAAAAUACUGGACCCUGAAAAAAAUUUAAAAGACAAAAGUGAAGGAUUAUUUAUUAUCAUUGAGCACUUUAUAUUUC